AGCUCAUGCCCUCCAGGGAUGGGUGGGCGGGACAAAUAGCAGAGAGAUCGCCUUAUUUUAAAAGAUGAGGCUGUAAAGAUUUUCCAUGGCCACUAGCCUCCUCCUCUCCAUGGCCAUUUACAGAAUGGGCAGACCAGACUGAAGACCAGGCCUGCUGGCGAUCAACGUUCCCGGCAACUCUGCAGGCCCUUCCAGCGGGCCUCGCUCUCCUCGCGGGCGUGGUAGCUUCAUUCGGUCAUCCCGUGAGUAUUCCACUUCCCGAGGGAGGCCCUCGCCAAAGAGCCGGGCGGCUGGCUCUCCUCCAGGGAGAAACCCUGUCACUUACACUUUUCCUCAUCGCUGUUAGGAAGUUUCCCAGAAAAGUACAGACAAGACUGAGGCCUGCGUUUUAGAAUCGUGGAAUGUUAGCGUUGGCCAAAUCGUUGGACAUAACGUAAGCUUGGUGGGGAAAAUGAGCUCCAGGUCUCACAGCAGGCGGGGCCUGGAAUCCGGGCGCAACCCGCGACCCUCACUGCCUCCUAUGGUCGGGGCUGAGCGUUCUUUCAAAGUAAUCACUUAAGUCCAGCAAUGAUCACCUUGGAGAAAGCAAGUGAUCCUCCCUGGGAGACGGCCUGGGAGGGCAGCGCCCCGGAGCUGGGCACACACCACGUCUUCCCCGCCCCGGCCCGGGAGGAGGGUUUGGGGACAGAGGCCUCACCCCGGACUCUUCUUCAGGUUGCACUGGAGGAGGCGGUGCGGAACCUUUCUCUUCCGUCUCGCUCUCGCUUCCACCCGGGCCCCAUUGGGGCCGGACGCGAUAGAGACGACCUAAGCAUGGAGACAGCGGGCGCUGGGACUGGGCAGCCAGUUUCUCGGCUGGAGGCUCCGGGGUCCACGGAUGACCGGCUUUUCCUGGUUAAAGGUGGAAUUUUCCUUGGUACUGUUGCUGCAGCGGGAAUGCUUGCAGGUUUUAUUACAACGUUAUCAUUGACGAAAAAGAAAAGCCCUGAAUGGUUCAAUAAGGGAAGUAUGGCCACGGCUGCAUUACCGGAGAGCGGGUCUUCCCUUGCCUUACGAGCUCUGGGCUGGGGCUCACUGUAUGCUUGGUGUGGGGUUGGUGUAAUUAGCUUCGCAGUCUGGAAAGCUUUAGGAGUUCACAGUAUGAAAGAAUUUCGAAGUAAAAUGCAAUCAAUAUUUCCAGCAAUUCCUAAGAACUCCGAAUCGGCUGUCGAGUGGGAAGAAACAUUGAAAUCCGAAUGAGAUGAGCAUGAAUGAAUUUCAAAAUGCUUGUUACAGAAAGCGGUGGCUCUGGAGACACCAUGACAGCAAAGGGACUGGGACUGAUUUCUCCCCAGGAACAUGGCAGAUCGCAGACUGAACCACGCGCUGGAUAGCAUUCAUCCUCCUCAUCACAGGAGAAUAUGUGUGUGCGUCUUGGGGAGGGUAACGUUUUCUCAAAGUUAAGAAGACUUUACAAAUAGUAAUUACAGGGAUAACUUCCUUAUGUGGAGGGGAUCCCAGAGGAAAUAAUUCUGUUUGUAACAGUUGAACAAAGCUUCAGUUGAACGAAGUUUCAGUUGAACCGAGUUUCAUACCUAAAAAAAGUUUAUAAUAAAAGUAUGAUAAAAAUAUUUAUGAAACAGACUCCCUAAUAGCAGUUGUACUGCAAUGUGUCUAAUUAAAGGAGUUUCAAGAGCCUUUCUUGUCAGUAUAUAACAGAAUUUGGAAGUCUUAUUCCAAUUAGCCAGACUACAAAGUGACAGUCACCUGGUAAGUCCUGUAUAGUAGGAGGUGGGUAUGGCUCUCGUGUCCUGAGUGUGGUCUGUGAUUUACAGCCAGCACACGCAAGUGAGUUACUUACCUGAUGCCCUUGCUUGAAGGCCCUGCAAAUUCUUAGACUUAAAAAGCCAUUAAUGAGUUAUGAUCACUCCAAGAGGCACAACUGAGCUAAAAUAAUGAUGAUAUCAGAGGUAAAAAAAUAUUUUUUGAGAAGUUGGUCUGGAUCUCUGAACAUUGACAAUUUGUAAUUUUGUCUCAGUUGUCAAAGUAAAAAAAAAAAAAAGCCCAAUUGUCAGCUAUCUUCAGUAUUUUUAACCAGAAAGUCACCUGAGUUCUGAGUCCCAAUGUUAAGUGUUUGGUACCACCUCCCUAAUGAAGCUGUUGGAGUCAAUUCUACGUGCACACCCAACUCGUUCCUGUCUUCCAUGAUCUACAAAAAACAGACAGAAUAAUGUCUACAUGCAAUUAUUUUUAGUACAAUUGCAUUUUUAAUAUUUUUAAAAAGAGAAAUACUUUAAUAUGUCAGUGUGUCCACAGAAGUAACCUCUAGUUAAGUAUCGGUUGUGCGGUUUCUUUCCACUUGCCUAGGCUCUAAUUAGUCAGCAAUCAGGUUCAAUAAAGGACAUUUGAAAUUUCUGUUA